UCUUAACUGACUUGCCUAGUUAAAUAAAAAAUAAACAACACUUAUAGCCCUAUUGCAUGGACGGACAUUGACGGGAAUAAAACCUAGUAUUGACGUGGUUGUACCCUCACAUGGCAACUUUGAUCCCGAUAGAUACUAUACGCCACCGGUGAAGGAUACAAUUUUGGAUUUUAACUUUCCUGACCGGGACAGUCACUCAAUACUGGAACAUAAAAGAAAACCAGAAACCCUGGACAUGUUCGUAGAUAUAUUAUUAAUGAGGGCACUGAGAAAGGGGACCAGUGUGACAGAGGCGGCUGGUGGAUGGGUACUUUGAAAGAUACACCCAUCCCUGGGAGUUACCACAUCCGGGACUUCAUUGAGGAGGCUGGCCUGAACCCGGUCCGUAUGACGUAUGGCUUUAAGGGUACGGGGAGAGACACCAAGAUGCAGAUGCGUAAGGGGGACUUGCUGCUGCCGGGAGCCUAUGGCUUCACUGACUCCACCCAGGAGGCCCUCCAUCGCCAGGCCUCCUACUCCUUUAAGAACUGCCCCCGCCCAAAAAACUACACCCUGGGCAUCCGCGACAAGGAAAUAGACCUUUCACCAUGCCACUACAAUGUGACUGAGAAACCAGUGCCCAAGAUACCCUGCAAACACGUGAUGUUUCGUUCGGCAGUGCAGCGUGCCAGCUUUCUGCCUAGAGAGGGCCCUGCUCCUGGACAUUACAACAUGAGGACCGGCCCGACCAAAGGAGUCACGUCCUGUUUCAGAUCCACUGUGCCCCGUCUUCACAGUGUGCGCUCGAGGACACCAGGACCGGGGACCUAUGAGCCGUCCUGGCAGAUGGGUCACCGUCUGGGGACCGAGGCCAACAUGAGCAGGGCCCACGGUCUCUUCUUCCGCAAUGUCUUCUAGAUCGUCCAACAGUGUCAUCCAGCCAUCCCUUAUUAUUCAACCAUGACUCCCAAGUUCCUCCGCAGCUACUGUCUGAUAGAAUGCAUGUGACACUGGGUGAUCAUGUUGUUUAUUUUCCCUCCGAGUAAAGAAAAACCCUGAUUUCGUUGA